AUGUCAAAGGACAUAAUAAAAGCAGAAGAACAUUCACCUAAAAUUCAUCAGAGGAAUGCUCCACAACAGAUCACUGAUAGAAUAUUUUUCAUUGAUGCUUCUAAUCAGAGCUUGACUGCCAUUCCAUUGGAGAUCUUAGCAUUAAAAGAGUUAGAAGAAGUGCAUUUAGAAAAUAACCAAAUUGAAGAAAUUCCCCCAGGUAUUCAGCAUUUAAAGAACAUCAGGAUCCUCUAUCUGAACAAAAACCACCUGAAUAGCCUGUGCCCAGAGCUGGGAACGCUGAGCAGCCUGGAGGGUCUGGACCUGAGCUACAACCCCAUCGUCUCCUCCUCGCUGUCUGUCGUCAGCUGCCUCCGCACCCUGCGCCAGCUGCGGCUCUACCACCUUGACCUGAACGAGAUUCCCAUCGUGAUCUGUAAAAGCCUUCACCAUCUCGAGCUGCUCGGACUGGCUGAAAACCACCUGAAAUUUCUGCCCAAGGAAAUAGUGAACCAGACCAAACUGAGGGAGAUCUACCUGAAGCAAAACCAAUUUGAAGUUUUCCCUCAGGAGCUCUGUGUUCUCUACAACCUGGAAAUAAUUGACCUGGAUGAGAACAAACUCAAUGCCAUUCCAGAAGAGAUCGGGAAUCUGACGAUGCUGCAGAAGUUCUAUGUGGCUUCUAACAAUCUGCCCUUUCUGCCGGAGUCGCUGUGCCAGUGUAGCAAAAUGUCUGUGAUGGAUUUAUCCCACAACCUCCUCCGCUCCAUCCCGAAGAGGCUGGCCGAGCUCACAGAGAUGACGGAAAUCGGGCUGAGCGGAAACCGCCUGGAGAAGGUGCCGCGCUUCAUCUGCAGGUGGCCCUCGCUGCACCUGCUCUACCUGGGCAACACCGGCCUGCGGGGGCUGCGGCGCUCCUUCCGGCGGCUGGGCAACUUGCGCUUCCUGGACCUCAGCCAGAACCACCUGGACCGCUUUCCGUCGCAGCUCUGUGCGCUGAGGAACCUGGAAGUCCUGGCGCUGGAUGACAAUAAGAUAAGGCAGUUACCUUCAAAGUUGGGCUCACUUUCAAAACUGAAGACACUUGGGCUAACAGGAAAUGAGUUCCUUUGCUUUCCAGAAGAAGUCUUUUCCUUAGAGUCUUUAGAGAAAUUGUACCUUGGGCAAGACCAAGGAUCCAAGCUUACCUACGUGCCAGAACACAUUGGGAAACUGCAGAGUCUUAAAGAGCUGUAUAUAGAGAACAAUCAUCUGGAGUACCUGCCCUUAUCAUUGGGGUCAAUGCCUAACCUGGAAGUUCUUGAUUGCCGGCACAAUUUGCUUAAGCAACUUCCAGAUGCCAUUUGCCAAGCACGAGCUUUGAAAGAAUUACUGCUGGAGGAUAACUUGCUCACCCAUCUUUCGGAGAAUUUGGAUUCUCUAGUGAAUCUUAAAGUUCUGACUCUGAUGGACAAUCCCAUGGAAGAACCCCCAACAGGAGUGUGUGCGAAAGGCAUUGAGGCCAUAUGGAACCACCUUAAGGAAAACAGAAUAAAGAAAAGAAUGGCAAUAAAGAUUCAGGCAUGGUGGCGUGGAACAAUGGUACGGAAAGGAUUUGGGACAUUUGAAGAACUAAAAAUGAGAAAGAAAGGAAAGAUCUCUCCAAAAGAUAAGAAAGGAAAGAAGCCUGAGAAAGGAAAACCUGGAAAGGGAAAUAAGAAAUAA